GAAAAGAAAGGCAACUUAACAAUUGCAUACUUAUGGCAUUUCUUAUUCUGCACUAUUUUAACUUACCUAGGAUUUUCUUUUUUUUUAUGAAAACUAGUCAAGAUUUUGUUAUGUCUAUGGCAGGUCCAAACAAGGAAAUAAUCUGCAAACAGGGUGAACACCGCACAAAAACAGAAACAAUGUGCAAAGAAAAUCUGGUUUUCCUUGAUGGUAUGCUUGUCUUGGUAAACUCUAAGGGUGCAAUCAGAGUGCAGAUAUGAGAUUUUUAAAGAGUUUUUGAAGAUUGAAGAGAUAAAAACAUAUUGGUAGAGAAGAGAAAAGGGUUUUAAAAUAAGGGAGAAAGAUGCCUGCAGCUUGGUUUAGUCUCAAGAGACCAGGUAAGAGUAAAGCAGAGUUGUCUGAUACCCAGGAUUCCAAGGGCAGGAGCAGUAAGGCAAGAAAGCCAUGUUUAUGUAGUUACGGGUGUUCAAUGUCCAUAUCCAAUUUGAGAGAUGUCAUUCAUGGAAGCAAGAGACACACAGACAAGGCACCGAUUGGCAGCCCGAGAUCUAUAGGGAGCAGUGACAUUCUCAAUCCGAUAACCCAUCAAGUAGUUUUCACUGACUCAAAGUGUGAACUCAAGAUCACUCGGUGUUCAAAUAAUGGUGCUGGUAAUGGGGGUUCCACUUUUGUGGGUACCCUUAGGCCUGGGACACCUGGUCCUGGAGACCGCUUUUUGGAGCCCGCCUACAUCUGCAGAAGGUCAUUCAGCCUUUCCAGGACGAUCCUUGGUGGCCCUCCCAUUUUCGGAAGUAGCAAUGACAUCUGUUCAAAGCCUAGGAGAUCUCUAGAUGCAGGGUCCCAAGGUUUUGUUUGUCACAAAUGUGGUGAAAAUUUUAGAAAGUUGGAAGCCAUAGAAGCACAUCAUCUCUCCAGGCAUGCUGUAACUGCACUUUCUGACGGAGACUCCUCCAAGAAAAUUGUGGAAUUAAUUUGCCAAACAAGUUUAUUGGGGUCUGAAACUGAAUUUGGUCCGAUAGAAAGGAUAUUGAAGGUUCACAACAUGCAAAGAAGUCUUGCUCAGUUUGAAGAUUAUAGAGAAAUGGUAAAGAUCAAGGCUAACAAACUAUCCAAGAAACAUCCACGGUGCCUGGCUGAUGGAAAUGAGCUUUUGAGGUUCUAUGGCACUACUGUUGCAUGCUCGAUUGGCAUGAAAAACACAUCAAGCCCAUGCACAUUAAAGAAAUGCGGAAUAUGUCAAAUUCUAAGACAUGGAUUCUCCACCAUGGAGAAAUCCAAUGGUUUCCGGGGUGUUUUUACUUCUUCCAUAGGUAAAAGAGCUUUAGAGUGUAUUGAGCUUGAUGAAGAGAACCGAUGUCUAAGAAAGGCUCUGGUAGUGUGCAGGGUAAUUGCUGGAAGGGUUCAAAACCCUUUAGAAAAUGCGCAAGAAAUGGCAAGUCAAUCAAGCUUUGAUUCACUGGCUGGAAACUUUGAUAGCCACUCGAAUAUUGAGGAACUCUAUUCACUAAAUCCUAGAGCUCUCUUCCCUUGUUUUGUGGUCAUCUGCAAACCCUCAAAGCAAAGUGCUCAAAAAUUAUAACUUAGGACCACGUUCCUUGUCAUUGUGAUUGUGAGGUCUAAUUUCUUUAUCCAACCUUCUCUGUAAUUAUUUGUUCUUAUAGUAAAUAUAUCUUCUCUUUCUGCAA